AUGCUGACCUUCAAAGUCGUCACCCUUUUAGGUCUAUUCCCCAGCGUUUCUGUUUUCGAAUUGCCUGCCGUCCCGCUCUCAUCCUACGGAAAUCAAGCUGCUUCUCGUCAGCUCGACUCAUCGGCCGACUUACAAUGCGGCCUGGAUAUCAACAUAUGGGGCCAGAUUUCGCCCACUGUGGCUUCGGGACACGCCAACCUCUGUCUACAAUGUCGGACAACAGGCCCUGGUGUUGCUCUGAGCUUUAGCUACGUUGAGGCUCUAUCGACUAGUAUCAGUGCUUACGGGGUCACUGAAAGUGCUGCCCAGAUCUUGCAAGCUUCCAUCAAUGACGACCUCGGUAACAAGGCGAGCGAAGCGGAAACCAGUGCAAGUUGUGAAUCGCGCCAGAACGCCAGCCUCCACCGCGCAUCCGUGCCCACCGACCGCUUCAGCGCCGAGCCGCCCGCGCCCCACAGACACCCGAGCCUCCUCCGCCGGCCUGCGCCCGCCUCCGCCCCACACACCCUGCCCCUGCUGCCCUCCACCCUCGCCCGCGCCCACAGUCUGCCCGGCAAGCCCCUCCGCCCGGCGCCCCAACGCUCCGCAACCGCCGUCCGCCCCGCGCCCUCCAAACGCACCCUCACCACCUCCCCCCCGCCCCCGCUCUCCCGGCUGCCCACAUCGCCCACACCCGCCUCCGCCGUCACCGGCGCCUCCGGGCUCACCGUCGCCGGCCGCAUGGUCGAGCACGACCCCGCCCGCUCCCGCAGAGAAACGCUCUCCAGCGUCCUUCGCGCCGUCAGCCAGUCCGGCGCCGGAAGGGCCCGCCAUCCCUGCCCGCCCAGCCCCGGCCCCAGUCCACGCCCAGCGCCCCCCGUCAACGCGACACCCACGCCCGGGCCCCCGUCGCUGGCACAGGAAGACGAAGACGAGCCCGGCCCCGCCCGCCCCCCGCCCGGCUCCCACGCAAGCGGAUACAUCAGCUUCGCCAGCCUCAACCUGCGCGCCCCGCCCAGCCCGCCCGCCUCCCUCGCCGACGACCUUCCCGACGCGCUCCUGCCCGCCCGCUCCCCGGCCGAGCCCCACCCGGUGGCGCUCUGGCUCCCCCACCUGCCCGCCCCGCCCGCCGCCGACCCGCCACUGGCCGUGGACCUCAAAACCUAG